AUGGUAUUUACACCAGAGAUGACUAAUAGGCUCCUUGAAUUAAUCCAAGCUAAUAAAGAAAAUCUUUUCCCUGGAUCAAGAAAUGCCGAUGCUAGUAAAAUUCAAAAAGAGGCUUGGGCCGAAGUCACAAAUAUUUUAAAUAACGAGUUUGUUAUUGAUGUACCUGUGGGUGGAAUGAAAAUAUCACAAGUACAAACAAGGUGGAAAAAUUUACGUCAAAAUGGGAAAGAAGAGGCUCAAAAAAUUCGAAAGCAUAAAAUGGGAACUGGAGGAGGACCUGCUGCAUGUAUUUCUGGGGCAGCACAAAAAGUAAUUGAGAUGUUUGGAACAUCUGCUGCAUUUUGUGGAGUGACCGGAGGUUUUGAAUCUGGAAUUUCUCGUGGUGUUGUACUACAAAUGAUGGAAGAUUUAGGGGACGAUGAAUUAGAAAAUGAAGAAGCAAAAUUGUUUGAGCUUGAACAAAUGGAGGCGCCAAGUAGUAAUAUUAAAAAGGCAGAGCCGACAUUCUUGUGACACUCCAACAACUUCUAGAAUUCCAAUUCAUCAAAAAGCAUUGGAAAUUGAAGAUCUCAAAUUAAAGGUCCUCAAAGGCGAAAUGGAAAGAAUCGAAAUGCAGAAAGAAUAUUUGACAAAAGCAAAUAAAUUUAUGGAGGAAGGGAUUGAAUUUUUUAGAUCUGGCCGAAAAUUUUAUGA